GGAGCCGGGCUUGGAGCCACAGCUGCUGCGGACCUGAACCCGAGCUGCUCCUGUGGCUGCCGCAGCUAACUCGCCGCGCACAGAAGCUGAGGGAAGAGGGGUGAUGGGUAAUUUUGCCUCAUUCUGAAGCCUCUGAAAACUGUCACCAUGCCCCACUCGUACCCAGCCCUUUCUGCUGAGCAGAAAAAGGAGUUGUCCGACAUUGCCCUCCGGAUUGUGGCCCCAGGCAAAGGCAUUCUGGCCGCAGAUGAGUCUGUAGGCAGCAUGGCCAAGCGGCUGAGCCAAAUUGGGGUGGAGAACACAGAGGAGAACCGCCGGUUGUACCGUCAGGUGCUGUUCAGUGCUGAUGACCGUGUGAAGAAGUGCAUCGGAGGUGUCAUAUUCUUCCAUGAGACACUCUACCAGAAAGAUGAUAAUGGUGUCCUCUUCGUCCGUACCAUCCAGGAUAAGGGCAUUGUCGUGGGCAUCAAGGUUGACAAGGGUGUAGUGCCUCUAGCCGGGACUGAUGGAGAAACCACCACUCAAGGGCUGGAUGGUCUCUCGGAACGCUGUGCCCAGUACAAGAAGGAUGGCGCUGACUUCGCCAAGUGGCGCUGCGUGCUGAAAAUCAGUGAACGCACGCCCUCAGCACUUGCCAUUCUGGAGAAUGCCAACGUGCUGGCCCGCUAUGCCAGCAUCUGCCAGCAGAAUGGGAUUGUGCCUAUUGUGGAACCUGAGAUCCUGCCUGAUGGAGACCAUGACCUCAAACGUUGCCAGUAUGUUACAGAGAAGGUCCUGGCUGCGGUGUACAAGGCCCUGAGUGACCAUCACGUGUACCUGGAGGGGACCCUGCUCAAGCCCAACAUGGUGACCCCUGGCCAUGCCUGUCCCAUUAAGUAUAGCCCAGAGGAGAUCGCCAUGGCAACUGUCACUGCCCUGCGUCGCACUGUGCCCCCAGCUGUCCCAGGAGUGACCUUUCUGUCUGGGGGUCAGAGUGAAGAGGAGGCAUCUCUCAACCUCAAUGCUAUCAACCAAUGCCCCCUUCCCCGGCCCUGGGCCCUCACCUUCUCCUAUGGGCGUGCCCUGCAGGCCUCUGCACUCAACACCUGGCGAGGGCAACGGGAUAAUGCUGGAGCCGCCACUGAGGAGUUCAUCAAGCGGGCCGAGGUGAAUGGCCUUGCGGCCCAGGGCAAGUAUGAAGGCAGCGGAGAAGAUGGUGGAGCGGCAGCACAAUCCCUCUACGUUGCCAACCACGCCUACUGAGUACCCACUCCAUACCACAGCCCUCGGCCCGGCCACCUGCACCCAAUUUUGCCUGUAGUUACGGCCAGGGCCAAGUAGCCAUGAAGAGCCACCCAGCACUGAGCAAUCUUCCUUUUUUCUCCUCCCCUCCCCUCUCCGAUUGUUGCACCUGGGACCAUUGGAUGGGAGGAUAGGGAGCCCCUCAUGACUGAGGGCAGGAGAACUUGCUAGAAGUCAGAGCAGGAUGCCUGGGUCUCCCCCGUGCCUCUGCCAGCCCCCACAGUUUCCCCAUGAUGGGGUUGCUUCUCCUUGGGCUCUCCUUGCCCACCCUCUCUCCUGGGAUCAGAGGGUAGGGCACCAGAGCUGACUCAUGCUUUGGGUACAUACCACAUAGCAAAUAAAUGGUAGCAAAGCAUG